CAACAAUCCUGCUUGUUUAUAUCUACAUAGCAUUGGGUCUGAUGAAGAUAGUUUUGGAAAAGAUGAGGUUGCUGCAGUACACACAAGGAGUAGAGUUCAACAAAUUGUUGGUGCUGCAAACAAUGUGGUAAAGCGAUCUGGCAAUGUUUUGCCACCUGCUGCUGAUUAUAUUUAUAGUAGUACCUGUCCUUUUAGUGACAAAUCUACCGAAGCAAGUGAUACAAGUGUCACAUUGGAUGCAACUCAUGGUUCUGUAAACAACGGCAGCGACAUAACUGGCACAGUUCCUCCUAAAGAGAACGAAGGAGGUAUUGCAGUACCCCACAAAGUGACAACUUUUGCAGAUGUUGGAGGGUCUCAUUCUUCUGUUAUUGAAGAUAGGUGGCUUUCAGACCUAUCUUCUCAAUUAUCGUCAGGAACAAGUAAUGCAGAUUUACAAGCCGUGGAGCCAGAUUCUGUCAGUACCAUGGUUGAAGUUUCCUCAUCUAAUUGCAUAGGAAGUGGAUUAAUUAAAAGUAUCCCAGAUGAAUCACUCAGAGAACAGAUAUUAUCAUUUGAUAAUCAUGGGUCGAAGGACACCUGUGGUUUGAGUCAAAGCACUUGUUUUCAUCAUCCAUAUUAUCCUGCAAAUAUUUCUGAGGAUCCUGGUGGUCCCACAUUAUUGCACAAGAAGACUCAUAGUCUAAAUGAUUUUAGGAUGGAUCACAAUCUAGUACAAAAUCAUGAGGAUGAGGCUUCCUCACCUAUUAGGUUUGUGAAUUGCCUAUCAAAUGAUUCAUGCAGGGAUAUGAAGUUUCAAAAUUCCACUAAAUCUGAUAGAAUAUGUAGGAGUUCCAACUCUUUUUCUGAUGAAGAAAUAGUUGAACAUUUACGAAGAAUAGAUGACAACAACUUGACCAAUAGCGGAGAAAAUUCUACCUACGAUGCCGUGGAGAGCAGUAUAAUUUCUAAUAUCCUGUCAAUAGACUUUGAUUCAUGUGAAGAUUCUUUGCCAUUACCUAAUGGUUUGCCCGAGUUGCUUGGUGAAACUGACUCUUCCUGGAAGUCCCUGACUGGUGACCAAGCAAGGUAUUCAGUUGGGAAACAAGAGGCUUUUGCAAGUUACAGGGGUUCUAUGCUUCCUCAUUAUGGUCAUAACAAGGAGCAGUACUUGUGUAAGCCUCAAUACCCAGUAACUAGAGCUCAAUGUUUGGGCCCACCUGGUUUUUCAGUGCCUUCAAGAGAUCCACCUCCUGGUUUUUCUACAUGUGACAGAACUGACUGCUUAGCCCGUCCCUCAUCAGGUAGUUGCUUGGUUAAUGCUUCAUCUUCACCCAACACUUUGCUUCGACCUCCUUCAACAGGAUUUGGCUGCAGCUUUGGUGCUGUUGACAUCUUAGACCCUGCCAUAUUAAGUUGUGUUAAAGGUAAACCGACAAACAGGUUAAAAAGCCCAGGCUUUGAUAGGAGGCAAGCUGGCACUGGGCGACUAAGCACAUUUGAGGAUGAAUCCAGACUUUGGCCUUUGAUGAAACAAUCAACAUCUGCAUGCCAAGACUCGAAAUUUUCUCAUGUGUUUGUGCAACAGACUCCAUCUGUUCAACAGGAACCAAGUUAUACUAGUCAUAUGGAGGAGAAUUGCUUCUCUGGCCUAGAUGAUAUAUACGGUCUACCUUCAAGACUGGUUGAUCAAGUGCAAGACUAUGAUGCAUGCUGCUUGGCACAAAUGUCACAGCUGAAAUCUUCAAAUGGACGCAUUUCCAAUACCAAUUGCUACUGGCAGAGUUUGGAUGAGGUUCAACAUAGAGGUGAAAUGUGCAUGAGGAAUCCUCAAAGAAAUGAGAGAUUUGGAGUCAACAACUAUUUUCCUGGUUAUGGGGAUUUAAUGUUCAGUUCAGGUGAUAUAUACACCAAGGUAUUUGGGUUGUAAUCAUCAUGAGUAUGGUUAUGAAACUCUCCUUUGUAUAACUCAUUGCCUAUGUAGUUUGAGGACGAGAUUGAAGGUCGUUCCUAUCUAACCAAUGGACCUCUAGGUUGUCAUUUAUAAAUUUGCCCCUCAAUCUCUCUCUACACAUGUA